ACACACACACACACACACUGACACACAAACGCAGCAGCUGUGAUGUCUCAGGAGGACCGGAAGUGGCAGAGCGAGCUGGAGCAGAAGAAGCGUCAGCUGGACGAUGACAGACGAGCGCUGCAGCACGCCAAGUCAAAGGCCCUGAGGGAGCGCUGGCUGCUGGACGGAGCGCCGUCUGCUGGAGACGACCAGAAGCAGCAGCAGCACGAAGAACACGCCAGGGACCUGGAGGACACUGUCAGCAGGUUGGAAAAAGAGUUGAUGAAUCUGGAGAGCACAGGAUCGUGCACGAGCGUGACUCACACCUCGGUGAGAUCAGGAUCCAUUCAAGAGGUCAGAGUUCACCAGGCGGGAGACGAUGACAUCAUGAAGCGAGCCAUGUACUCGGUGGAGAUCAAGGUGGAGCGGGACAAGGCGACGGGGGAGACGCGCGUCUUGUCCUCGCACACCAAGCUUCCCGUGGACUGCUCUCAGGGAGGGGUCAAAGUUUACGAGGACGAGCAGAAAGUGGUCCACGAGGUCAACGGCGAGAACGACGUCCACCUGCUCAGCGCCGCCGAGGUGGAGGAGCUCAUCCUCAAAGCCGACGAGGCGCUGACGCCGCCACACGAGGAGGAGGAGGCCACGCAGAAGGAGGAAGACGAGGCGGCGGCGGAGAUCACCGGGCUGGAAGCCACGCCCCCGGAGCAGAGCGGCGGGGAGGAGCCCGUCACCUUGACCUUCAUGGGCUACCAGGAUGUGGAGGACCAGGACCACACCAAGAAGGUCCUCGGCCUGCAGGGGACCGUCAAGGCCGAGCUCGUCCGCAUCGAGGACGGGAAGACUUCGCCGCCAGGAGGAGCGACGGACGCCCCCCCGCCGGCGUCUGCCGCUACCCCGCAGCUGGCGGACAAGCAGGAAGUGGCGGCCGAGUCAGCAGCAAGAGGCGGCGUGAAGCCCAAGAAGGAGAAAGUGGCGUAUGCGACCUCGCCGAUGGCGUACAAAGGUGAAAGGUCAGCGAAACCCUGCGGGAGGAGCUUUAACGUGUUGUCCUCGAGGUGGCGCUAGCACCCAAAGAGUCCCGAAGGCUGUGUCUUAAAUGAAACACUUCCGUCAGUACGCUAUCAAGUAUAAUAAGACGCCCCCUUUUAUGAGGGUGGGCGCCCCUGAUUAUUUUAUUCGAAGGCUGUCGAAAAUGAUAAGAGGUGACUAAAAUUGAGGUUUAACAAUUUAUUCUACAAAAUAAAAGUACAAACGAGCUAGAAAAGGUCGAAGCAAUUUGUAAAAUGGUUGCCCGUCUCUCAUGCUUUUGUCCGCCUUGUUUGGUAAUCGAAACUGAAAGUUAACACACACAUUUUACUCCUUCACUCUCUCCCCAGGCUGGUAUUUCAUGACAUCAUUAAUAAUACAUAUGUGUGUGUGAGAGUGCAAAUACAUAAAAAACGUAUUAUUCUUAAA